AUGGAGAUUGGAUACAGAUGCGUAAUGGGAUUAAAUGCUAUAAAGGAUAGGGAAUCGAAGCUUGAUCAGGCGAGAGAGAAAAUAGAACAUAAUAUUAAUUUCUUAAAGGAAAAUCUUAAGCAUCCUAUAUUAGAAGUGGACGAGUAUCUCUGCGAUGCUCUUGGGAAAAAGAUAAACGCCAUCGACCCUUCAGGCCUUUCGUGGCAAGACCCAGAAGCAAAUAUGGUCUUAUGCGAUAAAUCAAAGAUCAUAGAAAAUUUAGGAGACAGACAGAAGCGGGUUUUUAUGCAACCACGCGAGAACAUGAGAUGUACCCUACCCGAUCCAGUUGUAUCUAAUUAUGAUAUAUUCGUGGAAAAUUUUAAGAAAUCGUGGGUUCCAAGAGAGAUGAGGAACAUUUUCCACAAUAAUAAAUGGAAAGAUAGCAAUUCGGUUCUUGUAAAAGUAGUAGACCGUAUUUUAGCUGUACUUGGUGAAAUUUGGAAUAACCCGGCAUUUGCAACAAGAGCGUCUUGUGAUGAACAAAAUAGGCGAAGGGGUAAGAAGCCUGAUAUUAUGGCAAUAGAGAAAUAUAAAGAGAAGUUAAGUCCAAGAUAUGGUCAUUGUGCAGUUCCCUUAGAGAAUAAAUUACAUUUUAUUGGUGGUGAAUAUCGUGUAAGUGCUAAAUUUUUUAGUAAUGGUAGUGAUAUGGUAAUAUUAAAUGAAUAUAUUUAUCUUGAUUUAUCUAAAUCAUUUUCUUUGAACGAACCACUUCCUAUAAUCAAUGAAACAUAUAUUCCGGGUUUAAGUAGCUUACAAGGAGCAGUUUGUUCAUUAGGUGGUAAAAGUAAAGAUAUAAUUUAUGCCGUGACCGAUCUAACUACAUAUUCUUUAGAUACCAAAAAUCCAAAAUCGUGGAUCAAUCCAACAUUAGUUAAUAACAACUUGAUUGAUAAUAAAAUGGUGAGUUAUUCGGGUGGAGUGUCAGAUUCUAAUGAAAAAUUGUAUAUAUAUGCAUAUGCAAAAAUGAAUAGUGAUAUGGUAAUUUUGGAUACUAUUAAUCUAACGUGGAAUUUAGGUUCAAAGGUGAAUGGUCCAGUAGGAUUAGAUAGUUACGUAGUGGUAUUAUUAAAUAAUAAUAAGCUUCUUUAUAUUGGUGGCUCAAAAGAUGACAAAAGCACCAAAAAUUAUAUGAGGACUUUCAUUGGAUCAGCAUUACUAUUUUCAGUUGUGGGAUUUUUUGGAUUUAAAUAUUAUAAAAAUAGAAAUAGAAAUAGCGAUGAUAGUAAUAUAAAUAGUACAAUUAUUCCAAAUUAUGAUAAUAAUAAUAAUAAUAUUUUGAAAGCAACAUCUGAUAGCAAUACUGAAGUGAUUGUUGAUUAUAAUAAUGAUGUUUAUAAAAAUGUAACAUCUGAUAGUCCAAAUGCUUUAACAAAUGAAGAUGUUGAAAAAGAAGAAGUAGAGGGGGAAUCGAAAGAAGAUGGUGGCAAUGUAAAUGCUGAAACAGGUUUAAACAUGCAUCUAGAUAGGGAACAUGAUUUAGUAAAAUAUUGGUAA